GAGGAGAUGGAGUGUGGGAGAAUGCAUGUGCUGGAAGGAGAUUUAAGUGGAGAGGAAGAGUCGGGCACAGGAGAGAGGACUGAGGCGAGAGUGGAAGCCAAAGACUAAGAGAGAAGGAGACAAGAGACAGAGAGGAGCGGAGCGGAGCCGCGAGUCCAGUCGCCUCUUGGAUCUCUGAGCACAGCUGUCAGGCUGCUGGCUCAGGCUCACGAGUGGAUCCUCCCGCUGCAUGACGGAGCGCCUGAGUGUGUUGUGCACACCAGAAUUUCUCAUGGCCAUGUAUUCAGUCUGAUUUCAGCUCUACUGCUAACACAUGAGUGAAGCUUGACCAGCAUCGAUCUGGACUUGACUCAACACCCAUGAUCUCCAGCCAACUCUGGCAUACCCUCUCAUUAAGUAUGUACCGACUGCCUGCUGGAGAUGGCACUGCUGGAGAAUAGAGCUAACAGUGAGAGAGAAGAGUAGCGCACACACAGAUGAAGGAUGGUUUGAAAGGACUGAGCGAGAUUUAUGGCAGCUGGAUGGGAAAUGCCUCCGAAAUAUUCAUGUUCGUGUCCAGAAUAUCGAAAAACAAUGACAUCCUCAUGGGAACGCUCUACACCAUUUUCGGUGUUUUUUCCAUGAUGGGAAAUGGGAUCCUGCUGUUUGUGGCUUAUAGAAAGAAGUCCUCCUUGAAGCCAGCAGAGUUUUUUGUUGUGAAUUUGGCCAUCAGUGACCUGGGCAUGACGAUAACUCUGUUUCCUCUUGCAAUUCCUUCAACCUAUGCUCACAAGUGGUUGUUUAAUAUGCCAACUUGCACCGUUUAUGCCUUCUGUGGUGUUCUGUUCGGUCUGUGCAGCCUGACCAACCUCACAGUGUUAUCCAGUGUCUGCUGGCUCAAGGUCUGCUGUCCAAACUACGGUAACAAGUUCUCCUACUGCCACGCCAGCCUUCUGGUUGCUUGCAUCUGGUGCUAUGCUGGAGUGUUUGCUGUAGGUCCAUUGUCAGGGUGGGGGGAGUACGGGCCGGAGCCCUACGGAACAGCGUGCUGCAUCGACUGGCAUGCCCCCAGCCAAAAUUCAGUGUCUAUGAGCUACAUCAUUUCCCUCUUCUUCUUUUGUUACAUCGUACCCUGCACCGUCAUCUUUCUGUCCUACACAUUCAUCCUGCUGACUGUGCGGGGCUCUCGCCAGGCUGUGCAGCAGCAUUUGUCUCCACAGAACAAGAUCACCAAUGCACAUGCACUUAUUGUUAAGCUUUCGGUGGCUGUUUGCAUUGGUUUCCUGACAGCAUGGAGUCCUUAUGCGAUUGUUUCCAUGUGGGCAGCGUUUGGUAACUCAGACUCAGUACCACCCAUGGCUUUUGCUUUGGCAGCUAUCUUUGCCAAGUCCUCUACUCUUUACAACCCUGUUGUCUAUUUGGCCUUCAAGCCCAACUUUCGCAAGUCACUGUGCCGGGAUGUAGCCCACUGUAGAAGUACACUUUGUGGAUAUCUAUGCCAACAUGGCUCUGUAAAGAAGGGAACAGGCAGGCAAUCUCAUCACACUGAAGAAUGCCACUCUACAAGGUUGUCCAAUGGACUACCGGAGAACCAUGGGACAUGUAAACAUUGUCCUUGUGCAGAAAGUGUGCCUGUUGUCAAGGAAAUCUUUACAAAUUACAGCUCCCAGCAGACGGCCAGGAUACUGAAAGGAUCACAGCAAACGGAGGUGGCUGUCAGUCAGCUCUCCAAUGAGUUACUGAGUGACUUCCUCUAGACA